CAUACAGCCUCGCAUGUUGUAUCCCGCCGCAAACACUGGUCAUAGAUAACCCGCAGAACUCGACCGACUCUGUCAACAUGUCUACCGAACCAUCCAGGAAACGAUCGAGGUCCGCCGACAAUGGAGCAGACGAGAGCGGCGAAUCUUCUUCGGACGACGAUUUUGGACCGGCCUUGCCAUCUUCGGUGCCACCCAAGAAGAAACGCAAGCUUCCGUACGAGUCGCUGUACGUGGCGGCUCUACCGAAGGGGCUCAAGUAUUCCAAGUCGUUGAUGCACAAGGACCAGAUAUCCACCGUGACCGUCGCCCCGUCGCCCGUCGACUUUGUCAUCACCGCGUCGAUCGACGGGGUGGUGAAAUUCUGGAAGAAGAUCGCCGCGGGCAUCGAGUUCGCCAAGGAGUACCGGGCGCACGAAGGCCCGAUGGUCGGUUCGAGCGUCAGUGUCGACGGGCAAUACUUUGCCACGGCCGGCGACGACGACGACAAGACGAUCAAGAUCUUCGACGUGGUCACCUUUGACCUGUUGUCGAUCUUGAACCUCGAACGCGCCGCGACUUGUGUCUGCUGGGUACACCGGAGGGCGCAGACCCCGUUGCUCGCCGUGGGGGUCGGCAAGCAGAUCCACAUCUACGACGGCCGAGGAGACUCCCAGGAACCCGUACACACCCUGUCCUCGUUGCACCGGGCCCCCGUCGUGGCCAUGGCCUACAACCACGCGUUUGACUGUGUGGUUUCUGCCGACUCGAGCGGGAUGAUUGAAUAUUGGCGACCCGGGGACAACCCCGAAAAGCCAGACGGCGUGUUCAAGAUGAAGUCGUCGACCAACCUGUUCGAUUUCAAAAAGGCCAAGUCGGCCCCUUGCUCCAUCACCGUGUCGCCUUCGGGCCACCGGUUCGCGACCAUGUCCUUCCCCGACCGGAAGGUCAGGGUGUUCGACUUCGCCUCGGGGAAACUCUACCGGUCCUACGACGAGUCCAUCGAGACCAUCACCGCCAUGCAACAAGCCGGCACGGCCCUUCAAAGGUUGGACGAGGUGGAAUUCGGUCGGAGGUUGGCCGUCGAGCGCGACCUCGACGACCCAGUCGUCAAGCCCAGGAUCAACGUGGUGUUUGACGAGUCCGGCCACUUCAUCGCGUACGGUUCGCUCCUGGGCGUCAAGGUCGUCAACACGCUGACGAACCGGGUGGUCAAGGCUUACGGGAGGGAUGAGCCGUUCCGGGCGCUCAACCUGGGCCUGUACCAGGGGACCCCUCAGAAGAAGGACGUGGUCACGGUCUCCAUGGCCGCCAGCGCGAACCCCCUCCUCGACGAAGCUCAGCAACGGGACCCGAUGUUGUUCGCCACGGGUUACGGCAAGGUUCGGUUCUACAUGUUCACCGACGAGGAAGACGUCACCCGGUCGACGCGGGACGUCCAAAACGAGAAGCCCAGGGUCGCCGGCGGCAAGAAGAAGGACGAAGCCAAGCAGGCCCAGUCCGGCACGUCGGCCGUGCUCCACACGACCUACGGCGACAUCCACGUCAGGCUCUUCCCGGACAAGGCCCCCCGGGCGGUGGAGAACUUCGUCACCCACGCGAGGAACGGGUACUACAACGGCACCGUCUUCCACCGCGUCAUCCGCAAGUUCAUGAUCCAGGGGGGGGACCCCUUGGGCGACGGCACCGGCGGCGAGAGCAUCUGGGGCCGGGAGUUCGAGGACGAGUUCUCCCCGGACCUCAGGCACGACAAGCCCUACACCGUCAGCAUGGCCAACGCCGGGCCCAACACCAACGGCUCGCAGUUCUUCAUCACCACCGAGAAGACGCCGUGGCUGGACAGGAAGCACACCAUCUUCGGCCGCGCGUACCAGGGCAUGGACGUGGUCCACCAGAUCGAAAACACAAAGGUGCGCAGGGAAAAGCCUGAGGAGGACAUCAAGAUCAUCAACAUCUCCAUCAGCUAAUGUUGAUGUUGUUUGUGGGACUACGGAAAGAAAUAGAUACCGUGAAAUGACGGAGAGCCCAAAAAUACUAAUCAUUUCGUUGCCUAUAAUGAUGAAAUAUCGAUCCUUG